AUACAUGUCCUAAGUGGGAGCCACAUUUGGAACACGUCACCUCCGUCCUUAUGCGCCCUGGUUGGGAUAUGAGGAGUAGUAGGUUUCCUCCGACUAUUGGGGUUGAUGUGGAGGACAAGUAGGGAGUCAAACGACGGAAAAGGACGGGGGAAAAUAUUUGGUAAAGAGGUUCAGAUAUACCUCCGCUUGUGUCUGGUGACAAUUUUACUCUACCCUGGUCUACAACAUCAUUAAAAGCUGGCCAUCCACAGCCACUGUCAUAUUUAGUAUCUGAACUAAAUAAAAUCUGUUCACAUACUAUGCAAACGACCUCAGGAGCGUAUCCGUUCAAGCAAUUGAAACCGAUAUAGCCUUGCUUCUUCCACACGGGGUCUAUGAAAUCAAGCCAAUGGAACAUAGAUCGAGGUUAAAAAGUAUAGCGUUUUUUUGCAUUGCUUUAGCAGUAUCAGGAAUAGUUGGAUUUGGAUACUUUUGCCCUGACAGGGUAUGUGCUUUAUCUACAAGAGGUUAUGAUGCUCUUCCAACAGUUGUAAAUGAUGGGAUGGGAAGGCCCCUUAGGAAUAUAAACAGUAAAAUAGGUUUAAGCUAUGAUGACAUGAUCAAUGAUGAGUUUUCUUUUGAUAUGAAUUCUCAUGAUGUCAUUGUUUUUCUUCAUAUGCAAAAGACAGGUGGCACAUCCUUUGGAAAACAUUUAGUACAUGAUUUGGAUCUGAAAAGACCAUGUAUAUGCCCUUCUGAUAGAAAAAGAUGCUAUUGUUUUCGGCCACAUUCUAACCAGAGCUGGUUAUUCAGCAGAUACACGACAGGUUGGCAGUGUGGUUUACAUGCUGACUGGACAGAAUUGACCAAUUGUGUUGACCAAAAACUGGAUGAGAUGGAGGGCCAUGUAGCGAAAAGAAGAUAUUUUUAUAUCACUUUAGUUAGAGAACCUGUUGCAAGAUAUCUUUCAGAGUUUAGGCAUGUUCAACGAGGAGCAACUUGGAAGGGUUCUCGGCAUUUUUGCAACGGUCGUCCUGCUUCAAUCCAAGAGGUGCCUCCGUGUUUUAAGGGAGAAGACUGGGAAGGUGUAGAAUUGGAUGAAUUUAUGUAUUGUGACUCAAACCUAGCAGCCAAUAGACAGACACGCAUGUUGGCUGAUUUGGAGCUGAUUGGGUGCUACAAUAAGACUUACAUGCCUUCUGUGGAACGAGAUCACGUAAUGUUGGCUAGCGCAAAACGUAACUUGGCUUCAAUGGCAUUUUUUGGUCUCACUGAAUACCAAAAGAUAUCUCAAUAUGUGUUUGAAGAGACUUUUAAUUUACGAUUCGCAGUUCCUUUUGAACAGAACAACUCUACACUUUCGAGCUCUACUAUGCCUACGUUAACCCCCGAACAAGCGGCUAACAUAGCGAGAUUGAAUUCGUUAGACAUCGAACUUUACAGUUUUGCAAAGAAGCUUAUGUUUGAGAGGUUUAAAAGGCUGAAAGGACGAGAUAAGAAUUUUGCAGAACGUUUUAAACGGUUAGGUGAGUUGCCAUUAAAAAAUGGGGCGACAGAGUUCGACUGGGACAAACUUGAAGAUGACGCAGUGCAAAGUGCGUGAUAAUCUCGUUGCCUUUCGAAAUUAUGAUAAUGAAGCAUUUAAUUGGUAGGUCACCGUGUCAUAGUUUCCUUAUAUGACGUAGUCGAUUAAUAUUUGAAAUGAAUGUUUGAACCGUAUGAAACGAAACUAAAAUAUGAGAAGCAACCUUACCUUGCGAGAAAUCAGAAUUGUUAUUAUGCGGUGUUUUUUCUUAUGGUAUAAGCAUAAUAAAUAAACUUUACUUUACUAAUAGGAAUAAAAACGAAAAUUUCAAAAUUUAUGAAUUUUUAGGGAUUGAAGUUUAAGAAAGUAGAUUUUUAGGAAAUUGAGUUUAAAAUUUUUAAACUACUAAAACUUGAUUGCAUGUAGUUAAUUUUUUUUUAAAUUCUUAACGGCUAAUAUCCUAGCAUUUCCUUUUUUUUUUUAAUCUUCUUUUCUGUGCUUUAAUGUACAAUUUAAACAGAAGACAAUAUUACAGUCCUGUAUUUUACUAUAUUUAUAGUUUGCUCUCUAAGAACAAUAUUCCUCAUAAUUAUUCUUAAUAGAUGUACAGUAGUUAAUUUUAUAGGUAAUUUAUUGGUAAGUAUUUUACUCAGUUUAGUUUCCAUACUUACGUUCUUUUGUAGGAAUAUAUUGUAAGGAAGUGUCCUUAGAUAAGUAGAAUUGAUUUGAGAACCAUCUUUAAGUUUUUUUUUUAUUAUUAAGUAAAUAUGAAAUAUGGUUAUACGGU